AUGGAAUUCCUGGACAGUUUGAUUCUCGGAUCCAACACCCCUAGGUAUGCCGACGAGGCGCUUUUUCCAUCGAGAACUUAUAAAAAGCUGAUAUGUAAUAGGAAGCAUUGCAAUACCACGUGUGCCUCGAAAACCCUUGCAGAGUUUGAAUUCUGGGCCUAUUUUCUCUCAGAAAAGAAGCCUAACAGAAGGGAGGUAAGAAAGAAAAUCCAUACAAUAAGUAAGGACUUAAGGUUCUCGAUAUGGGCCAAAUGCAGCGGGUCCAGAGAGAGACAUAUGGAGCUAAAGCCAGUAGGGCCUCAUGAUCCUGCUAAAGCUCCAGACACUAAGGACGGGGUAAAUGAUCAUGGAAGAUUAGACGAUAGGGACCUAGUGAGGUUUAUAUUGGACAUGUGCAGAAGUACAGAAGAUUGCAGUCAAGAAGCUAUAUUCAACAUCCUCAAAAACCUAGAGAGAGAUUUCCCCAUAAUAUCCAACCAUGAGCUGCUUGCAUUGUUUAUAAUGCAUGUUUUGGAGCUUCCAUAUGCUUCACCGCAGACCGUGUACUGCCUUAUCUACUCAUUAAUGAAAUCCCACAACUUCUGCAGUAUAUUUUCUGAGAGCAAAAAGAGUGAUGAGCCUGCAGAAGACAACGAUACUGAUGGAGACAUCGUAAAUAAAGCAGAUCCCGGGUUCUGGAAAGCUCUUAUAUCCGAGCACUCUUCUGUACUUGACCAGAUGAUCGACCUCCUGCUUUGUUAUGAAGGGGCUGACAUAGCAUCUGUUCCGUUAUUUCUCCGUGAGCAAACUGGAGGCGAUAAUCUUGAGGAGUGGGUUAGGUUCAUGUCGAUGAGAUCUAAUUUGGAAAGACUAGGAAGUGUUUUCGAGAGCAACAAGUUAUCAGGACCUGUUGAGGUGGACAGAAGAGAGGAAACAUACUUUGAUUUCCUAGUUAUCCAGAAUGAAGCCAUAAAAGCUCAGGAGACGAUGAGGAUGGAGGUUAGCGAGAGAUUAAAUUCUCUUCAAGAAGAAAGAGACGAGCUAUAUGCGCAAAAAGCCAAUCUUGUGGAGGCAUGCUCAUCCUUGGAAUCUGAUCUCAAGGAGUACCAGGAAAAGUAUGUUAAGAAGGUCGAAACUAUGCUUCAUGACGCUGAAGAUAGAUGCAAGAAGUACGAGAGAGAAAACACUGAGCUUAAGGAAAGACUGCAUGAAAAUGAGUAUAAAUGA